AUGGGCGCCGUCUCGCGCGGUGGCGGCGGCGGCGGCGGCGUCGCCCUGAGUGCGGAGGGCUCGGCCAGCAAGGAGGCCCAGACCAACUUCUUCUUGGACGACCAGAUCCACCAGUGGCCGUCCGCCAACAACACACGCUCCCAGGCGCACGUCGGCUGGACGAUGCUGGUCGAGGUGCUGUUUGCCGGGCAGCUGUUUGAGCGUGGGGGCGACCCCGACUUCCAGAGGCAGCUCGCCGCGCACGUGAAGCGCAUCUGGGCGCCGUACACGACGCCUGGGCGCAUGAUGGACCGGAAGCAGCAGCAGCAGCAGCAACAGCAGCAGCAGCAGCAGCAGCAGCAGCAGCAGCAGCAAAGCAACGAAGACCUGAUAAUGAGCCAAAUCUUUGACCUGGGAGAGGUCCCCUUCACCCCUCGGGCAGCCGCCGGCGCCGCCGCGCCCUCAGCAGCGCAGCUCGGCGCCGCGGCGGAGGCGAGCCUGGCCGGCCUCGACGCGGACGAGAGGCGGCGGCUGGACGGCUUUGUGACGAUGCACCCUGAAAACGGGUCUCAACCUGUUGACCCGAGGUUUGUGGGCUAUGACAUGGUGGAGACGACACUCAGGGUCUACCACGCCGCGGAGCCGCCGCACGUGGUCGCGGCCGCGGGCCCCUACAUCAAGGCCAUGUGGGCUCCCUUCACGCGCCCCCUCGAGGCCCAGUACACCAACCUCUUUGAUUAUGAAAAGGUGAUGGUUGAUGCAUUCGAUGCCGGCGCAGUCAGCUUCGAUGCCUUUACGCUGCCGCCCGACACCGAGGCGCGCCGCAUGGCGCAGGCGGCGGCGACACUGAGCGCGUCGCGGCUGGCGUCGAGGGUCUGCUCCCUGAUGGAGUUUGUCAUCGCCACUUGUCUGCUGGGCGCGCUCGCUUUCUGUGGCAGCGCCGUUCUAGCCGGCCUGGAGCUGCGGCGCGCGCACCUUGGGGCGCUGCCGCUCAAGGGCGAACUCGACGGCGGUCUCUCUCUGGAGGACAGCCUCUCCAGAGCCCCGAGCCUGCGCGGCCCGCCGGCCGGCGACGCGCUGGUGCCCGCCGCGAGCGUUGGCCUUGCGGGCAGCGGCCUCAAGGCGGAGCCCUUUGGCUGA